AUGGCCGCCUCCACCAUGUCUGUCUGCUCUGACGCUUGCACCAACUCCUCCUGGCAGGUGGACGACUGCCCAGAGAGCUGCUGUGAGCCCAGCUGCUGCCAGUCCAGCUGCUGUGCCCCAACCCCCUGUCUGACCCUCAUCUGUACCCCAGUGAGCUGUGUGUCCAGCCCCUGCUGCCAAUCUGUCUGUGCUAGCUCCUGUGAACCCUCAUGCUGCCAAUCUUCCUGCUGUGUGCCUGUCUGCUGCACACCCAUCUGCUCUGGGUCUUCCUCCUGCUGCCAGCAGUCUAGCUGCCAGCCCUCAUGCUGUCAAUCCUCCUGCUGUGUGCCUGUCUGCUGCAAGCCCGUCUGCUGUACACCCAUCUGCUCUGGAUCCUCCUCAUGCUGCCAGCAGUCUAGCUGCCAGCCCUCAUGCUGCCAGCCUUCAUGCUGUCAAUCCUCCUGCUGUGUGCCUGUCUGCUGCAAGCCUGUCUGCUGCAAGCCCUGCUCCAGCCCCAGCUGCUGCAAGCCCUGCUCCAGCAUGUCCCUGCUCUGCCGCCCUGCCUGCUCCAGUCAGGCCUGCUGUGGCCUCUGCUCUGGCCUGAAGUCCAGCUGCUGCUGA